UUCAUUUUUUUUCUCUCUCUCUGUUUUUUUUAAAAAAUAAACAGCUAUGCACCAUCUUGUUAUUAAAUUUCCAUUUCUCCUCUUCAAUCUCACACACAAGGCUCUCACUCUCAAAUACUCUCGAUGCGCGUCGCCUUCCUCGCUUGAUGAGCUAAGCCUGGACAAUGGCCAGCAAUGGCAUGGCGUCCUCCCCUUCCUCCUUCUUCCCUCCAAACUUCCUCCUCCACAUGGCGCAGCAGCAAGCUGCGCCGCCGCCUCACGACCCACAAGAACAACAACACCACCACCACCACCACCAUCACCAUGAGCAGCAGCAGCAGCAACACCACCACCACCUUGGGGUUGGGGGUCCGCCUCCUCACCCUCACAACCCCUUCCUGCCGUCUCCCCAAUGCCCGUCUCUCCAAGAAUUCCGAGGCAUGGCGCCAAUGCUGGGGAAGCGGCCGAUGUACGGCGACGGAGGAGGCGGCGGCGACGAGGUGAACGGCGGCGGCGGUGAGGAUGAGCUGUCGGACGACGGGUCGCAGGCCGGGGAGAAGAAGCGGCGGCUGAACGUGGAGCAGGUGCGGACGCUGGAGAAGAACUUCGAGCUCGGGAACAAGCUGGAGCCGGAGCGGAAGAUGCAGCUGGCGCGCGCUCUGGGGCUGCAGCCGCGGCAGGUGGCCAUCUGGUUCCAGAACCGCCGCGCGAGGUGGAAGACGAAGCAGCUGGAGAAGGACUACGACGCGCUCAAGCGCCAGCUCGACGCCGUCCGGGCCGAGAACGACGCCCUCCUCUCCCACAACAAGAAGCUCCAAGCCGAGAUAGUGGCGCUCAAGGGGAGGGAGGCGGCGUCGGAGCUGAUCAACCUGAACAAGGAGACGGAGGCGUCGUGCAGCAACCGCAGCGAGAACAGCUCCGAGAUCAACCUCGACAUCUCGCGCACGCCGCCGGCCGACGGCGGCGCGCUGGACGGCGCCCCUACGGCGGCGCACCACCACGGUGGCGGCGGCGGCGGCGGCGGGGGAGGCAUGAUCCCGUUCUACCCCUCCGUCCCGCGCCCCGCCGGCGUCGACAUCGACCAGCUCCUCCACAGCUCGUCGGGCGCCGCCGGCUCCAAGAUGGAGCACCACGGCGGCGGCGGCAAUGUGCAGGCCUCCGUCGACACGGCCAGCUUCGGCAACCUCCUCUGCGGCGUCGACGAGCCGCCGCCGUUCUGGCCGUGGCCCGAUCACCAGCACUUCCACUGACCGAUCCAUGGAUCCAACCGACGACGACCCAUCGAUCGGUAGGCACAAACAUAUCUUGCACUGAAGCGACACUACGGUUGAGGAGUUGAAUGACGAUCACCAAUGCGGCCAAGAACGCUUGAAAAAAUUCGAACCAUUCGUGUUCUUGGGAGAGAUUGAACAAGCUUGUGAGGAAGAAGAAGAACUAAUGCUGUGUAUGAUCAUGGAAGUGAUAGCUAGCUACGAGUAUUGAGGUGGUGAUGAAAUGCAUUAAAUUUUUCUCUUGGGUUUGAGGAGGAGAAUCGAAGGAACUUGUAGAUGAAUAAGCGAGUGAGCCGUACGUAGGUAGAUUUUGGAGUUCGAUCAGUAGUAGUAUAAUUCUGUCAUUUUUAUUUAUUUUGUAUUUAUUGGGUUCUUUCUUUUUUUUUCUUCCCUUUUUCUUUACAUACAUAAAUUUGUGAACUUUGUGAGGCAGUGUUGUUGUUGUAUAGGUGCAUGGUGAUUUUUCCCCUAAUCUGUGUGGAUCAUGUCCCUAGCUCUCUUGAGAAAAAUGUUCAUUAAGUUCUCUCUGGCAAUCACAAUUGAGUUGUACACUAGCUAUAAUCACACCUUCAUGUUUGUGUGCAAAAAUGGUUAGGUUUUUGACACAUAAUU